AGGCAUGCAGAUUGGUACUGAGAGGGAGGAGAGAGAGAUCAGGGCAGAAGAGGAAGAAGAGACCCCGCAGAUUGCGGGGUUCGGGCGAGAGAGGCAUGACAUACGGACCGUAGAGAAACCCACCACAUUGACCCUCACAGUGCGCCUUGAGGAGAAAAACAAGCAGCGCGUCACAUCUAGAAGAUCCCUGCUGCGCGAGCACAACUGUCGCGGUGCAGAUCGAACGUCGACCACCACCCAACUAUUCUCCUCGUGCAUCUCCCGUUAGCAGUUCUCUCUGGACGGACCGGCUCUGCCUGGCUGUGUGGAGCCAUGCCACCAUGCCGUUACCGAAUCGGUGCCCUGCCAGCGCUGCUCUGUCUCUGUAUCGGUAUGAUUUGGACCGGCGUCGCGGCAGAAACACAAGCUGAGAUCGACACCACACCUCCACCUUCCUCCCCCUCCCCCUCUCCAGCCAUAGGGAACACAGACAGAAACUUACCCAGGGGGAGAGGGCCCGAGGCUGGGUUAGGGCCCAGGGUGGGAAGAGGGCCCGAGGCUGGGUUAGGGCCCGGGGUGGGGAUGAGUGCCGCUGGUGAUCUGCUAGAGUCAGUCCUGGCUCAGAAGGAUCAUCUCUUCUCCCAGACAGGGGGAAUGGUCCUGCCCUCAGCUCUGCCCCAGGACCUGCUGCCUCUCCUGGGGAGAGAAAUGAGCACAGGGGGCCUGUCUGGAGGUCUAUCUCUGGAUCAACAGGGUCUGUUGAAGAGGAUACAACCCCCAGUUUCACAACCCCACGACAGCGGAUCACCCCUCCCUUCACAGCUCUCCCAGCCCGACAGCAACCCCCUCACCUCCUCCUCUCAGCCCGUGAUGCACACACUGCCGGGACAGCGAGAUGAGGUCACCACUAUCGUCACGGCGACCGUGGACGCAGACACAGACAUGGAUGCAGAAACACCUUCACCGGCUGUGUCUGGCUGUAUGGUGAAUUUCUCCGACCCCGAGGGAUACAUAGACUCUUCUGACGACCCCCCCCUCCCAGAUGGAACAUUCCUACACUGUACAUACACCGUCACUGUGUACACAGGCUAUGGAGUCGAGCUACAGGUGAAGAGUGUGAAUCUGUCAGAGGGAGAGCAGCUGUCAAUCAGAGGGGUGGAUGAGGGCGGGGCCUUGCUGGUUCUGGCCAAUCACACACUGCUGGUGGAGGGUCAGGUGAUCCGAAGUCCGACCAAUACCAUCUCAGUAUACUACCGCUCCUCGCCUGAGGGGAGCAUAGGCAUGUUCCAGCUACACUACCAAAUAUUCCGUCUGAGCUGUGCCCUGCCGAGGAGGCCUCACUUUGGGGAGGUGUCCGUGCUGGACUUGCUGCCAGGGGGCACUGCCCGCUUCCACUGCCAUAUGGGCUACCACCUGCAGGGGGCAGUGGCACUCACCUGUCUGAACACAUCUCUGCCUGUCUGGAGCAGCAAGGAGCCAAGCUGUAGAGCGCUGUGUGGAGGGUCAGUGAAAAAUGCUACAGUAGGGAGAAUCUUGUCCCCCUCUCCCCGCCUGGGUCCCACCGCCACCCAUGACCGCUCCUGCUCCUGGUCCCUGGAGGCCCCCACUGCACAGAGACUACACCUGCACCUGGAGAGACUGGCCCUCGAACCCACUGACAGACUUGUGUUAUGGAGCGGUCUGGAUGCUGGGUCUGUGGUGCUGUUUGACUCUGGGCGGGGUGGUCCAAUACCAUUUGAAGGGGUGAUCAGUGAGGGUCCAGCAGUCAGGGUUCAGUUCAUCACAGACCAACCUAACCACAAUACAGGCUUCAACAUCCGUUAUGAGGCUUUUGAGCGUGGGCACUGUUAUGAGCCCUACCUGCAGAAUGGUAACUUCAGCACCACUGACCAGGUCUAUGGGGUUGGAGCUGUGGUGCAGUUCAGCUGUGAUCCUGGUCACUCUCUGGAGCAGGGGCCGCCCGUCAUAGAGUGUAUCAAUGCCAGAGACCCCUACUGGAACGACACGGAACCACUCUGCAAAGCUCUGUGUGGGGGGGACCUGGCAGGUCCAGUGGGUGUUAUCCUGUCUCCUAACUGGCCAGAGUGGUAUGGAGAGGGAGAGGACUGCAGCUGGAGGAUACAUGUAGAGGAGGACAAGCGCGUGCUGCUCAACGUACAGCUUUUGAACCUAAGUGACAGUGACAUGUUGACCAUCAUGGAUGGUGAUGAGGUCAACCCCCAUAUUCUGGGCCAGUACGUGGGUGGGGCCGGGCCCUUCAAGAUACAGUCCACAACCCCUGACCUCACCGUGACCUUCCACUCCGACCCUGCCGGCCUUGUCUUCGGCAAGGGAGAGGGCUUCAUCAUCAACUACAUGGAGGUGUCCCGUAACGACUCGUGCCCGGACCUCCCGGAGAUCCAGAAUGGCUGGAAGACCACGUCCCAUACUGCCCUGGUGCGGGGUGCUCGCAUCACCUACCAGUGUGACCCCGGCUAUGACCUGGUUGGACGAGAGACUCUGACCUGUCAGCUAGAUCUCACCUGGAGCACACAGCCCCCCUUUUGCGAGAAGAUAAUGUACUGUUCAGAUCCGGGUCAUGUAGAACAUUCCACCAGGUCUCUGUCAGACCCUAAACUCCUGGUUGGGACCACCAUCCAGUACAGCUGCUACCCCGGCUUCAUCCUGCAGGACGGCUCUACACUCACCUGCUACGGACGAGAGCCCGGAACCCCUGUCUGGACAUCCAAAUUGCCUCACUGUGUCUCGGAGGAAUCUGUUUCCUGUGAGAACCCUGGUCUUCCUGACAACGGGUACCAGGUCCUGUCCAAGCGUCUCUACCUGCCCGGCGAGUCGCUCACCUUUGUCUGUUACCAAGGUUAUGAGCUCAUCGGCGAAGUCGCCAUCAAGUGUAUCCUGGGAAAUCCGUCAUUUUGGAGCGGACCACUCCCUCUGUGCAGGGCCAACCAUGACUGCUUUGGCAACCAUGCUUUGGAAGUUGCGGAAGCAGCUGCCGGGUCAGGUCUGGAUGGAGGUAACAUGGCAUUGGCUAUCUUCAUCCUUGUACUUUUGCUCUCCGUGCUGCUGGGAGGAGCCUAUGUCUACGUCACACGGUGUCGCUACAACUCCAACCUGCGGCUGCCACUCAUCCACCCACACCCCUACAGCCAGAUCACAGUGGAGAGCGAGUUUGACAACCCACUCUACGAGACAGGAGGGGACACCCGUGAAUAUGAGGUAUCAAUAUGAUGACUUUCUCAACUGUCAGAAUCCCAAAAUGAAGAAGCUUCCACCCACCCAACCAAACCCACUCCCUACCCUUUCUCCCAUAUCCUCAGCCCCACCAAAAAGGAAGUGAUGUAAAUACAGACUGACUAUAGAUCUGCCCCUUCCCCCCAUGACCCUGUCCUCCAAUCACAGAAAGAGGAAACAGCGAGAGGGAAGAUGAGUAGGGAAAGGAAUGGAGAGGAGAGGAGAGGGGGAGAAAAUAGGAAGAGAGGACAGGAGAUACUGGGUGUUUCUCAAUAUUCUUACUACCAUUCUCUGAGCAUGGUUGGAGUAUGAGUCCAAAUCAAAGUAUGCGAAAUGGGGUGCGUAAUUUGCUUGUAAACAUUUCGAAGUGUGCAUCAACGCAAGCUUCAACUGAAAUAUUCCCAGGAUUGUUGACGCAAUCACAUAAAAAACAACGCAACAUUUCUUGAAAUCAAUGGCGGCUGGUUUUGAGCUGAACCGAGAGAAAAUGAACUCCGACUUUGGAAUGAAAAGUUGCCCACUCACAUCUCAUAUGUUGCCUGACUACAAUAUUUUAUCUUGAUCUUGUUCAUUUUGGCAUUUUUAACUGCCUAGAAUAUCCACUGUAGUAGUGUGCAUAGACUGCAGGCUAACUGAUGAAGAAUUGGUAGCUAACUUUAGCUAGCUACUGUUAUCCACAAAGAAUUCGUAGCUAAUGUUGGCCAUCCACCCUUCAUAACAUUUAGUUUUAGGUUGUUGUUUUUUUGUACAACUAGCUGGCUAGCUAGAUUAAUCUGAUUCACAUAUAGCUAGCUGAUAAUUACAAGCUUGGGUUUGCUUUAUGUAGUUCGUGUUUUGUCUGUAUUGGUCAAAGUUAAUACAAUUGAACGGGAGUGCGCAGUGCUUCUCAAAUGUACAUUUGUAUGCAUUCUCCACACUCUCGUCCUCACAAGAAUGUACUCAAGAGAACGUCCUCGGAGAACGAACUCGGAGCAUGAGAGUGUGGAGCAUGGCAGCAGCAUAUUGAGAAACACCCACUGUGAACAGAGCUGCAGGCGUUGGGAGAUAAAGAGACAAACACUAUUUACUCAUGUGCCUACUAUUAGCUAUCAAAUACAGGGACAGAGGGAGGGACAGAGGGGAAGGAAUAGGUGGGGAGAGAGGGAGACAGAAGGAGGAUGAUGGGUGAGAGGUAUGGAAGGGGUGGCAGAGAGAGGAGAGGAUAGAAGCAAAGGGAACUAAAGUAUUGGUACAUGAAUGGGGUCUAUUGAGAUGUAAAACGUAGGGGUAAAUUGGCACCUUAGAAUCUGACAGAGGAAGUGAGGUUACUAUCUCUUCCUGUCUGGGCCCCAUCUUCCUGCAUUUCUAAGGCCUUGUCUUAGAACAGUUUGUAGUACUGGUUUUACCAUAGUAACUGACCUUCCAUGUGCAAGCUCAACCAACCAACCAUAACUACAGCAGAAAAGUCCGGCACCAGAUUAUGUAUUUAUUUUGAUGUAAAUGUGAUGUUUUUUGCAGAUUAAUUCAUGUACAUUUUCAUUUUGAGAAGAAAAAAAUAAAAUAUGUACCAUGUUACUGAUUUCCUGAAAUAAAUGGUCAAAUAAAAAGUAUAAUAGAAUCUUUCUAAAAAAUUUAAAAAAAAAAAAAAAAAAAACACUUGUCUUUGUCAUCUGUUAUUUCUU